ACGAGUCGCUUGUUAUUAUUUCCAAAGCAAGAGAUGGACGUGGAAUUAUAUGAAGUAAAUCCAACGUGAAUAUAUGUACUGAUACACACCAAAAUGGCUGUUAAAGACAUGGAGUCCACUGUUCAAAUGAGGCUAUAUACACUAACAAAAAGGCAGUUUGUCAUGGUCUUUGUGGCAUUUAUUAUUGCCUUUUCGUGUAGUGUUUUUAUUGGAAUUGCAGGACCACCAAUUAUAUCYAGUCGUCAUUACAGUGCAACAAAGGACUUAAAUAUCCCUCAACAAAAACUUUUGACAGGACCCUUCAAGAUUGAUACUGGUUUACUGUCAUCAUUCAGUCAACAGAUAUGGCUACUUGGUCACUUCAACAUCAAUGGUACCAAGAAAGGAACUUCCUUCAGUGUCAAUUUUAAACUUGGAGUAGACAUUCGUGGUAGAGUAAAAGACACCAGCUACCACUGGAUAACAUCAUCCUCUAAUAGAACAAGACAUGUCAAGUGUAAUGACAAGAAAUGUAGUAAUCUUGUGAUUCUGCACCUUGGGUAUAUUGACUACCCAUCCUACGCUGUACAAGUGAAGUUUAAAGACUUGAGUUUUCCGUCUGGUGUCUCCCUCAUUGAUGUGGUUUUCACUCUGAAGCAUUACAAUGGUGAAUUUACUCAAGUAGAGAUCUGGUUUAGAUUUGUGUUCUUGGUAAUGGCAUUCAUGGUUACAUGUCUGUUUGCCCAUUCACUGAGAAGGUUCUCCCUGAAACACUGGUCCAUUGAACAAAAGUAUGUUUGAUCACUCAUUUUAAUGUCUAAACAUGUCAACAAUAGCAAUAACUGCAGUGUAAGUGACAAUGUCAAUCUUGAAGAUUUGGCAGUAAUUUUGUUGUAUGUUCAACAGAGUGACAGAAGAUUCAUCCAGUUUUACUUCCCAAAGCUGUUAAUUGUUGGUUUGUUAUGGGUGUCAGCCUUUAUAUUGUCUACUUGGCAGCAGUAUAAUGAACUCAGAGAUCCCACAUACCAGUACAAGAUUGAUAUUGGACACUUUAUGGGUCUCAAGGUGUUUUUCUUCACUGUGGGUGGUAUCUACUUGGUGUACUUGAUUUACCUUCUUAUCAGAGCCUACAGUGAACUCAAGGCCAUGCCAUACUUUGACCUGCGUAUCAAGUUCUUGACGGCGUUGAUGUUAAUAGUCCUGAUAAUCAGUUUGGUAAUCACUGGUCUCAGGUUUGGUACUACUGCAUUACAGGAAAACUUUGUUGCAGACUUAGAAACACACUACAAAAACUCAGCUGAAUUCCUGACAUUUUAUGGUCUUCUUAAUUUUUACUUGUACACCAUGGCGUUUGUCUACUCACCGUCAAAAAAUGCACUUUAUGAUUCAUAUUUCCGUGAACCAUCAACUUUCUCCAUGAUAAAUGAGUCUGAUGAAGAAGAUCAAAUGAUUUAUAGUUCMAAGAAAGAAUCCAGCCGUUCUCCAUACAGUAGUUCUUCAGAAGAUUGAAAGGCUUAUGUUCUCUGAGAUACAUGUACAGAUCAUAGUUGAAUGAAAAACUUCUUGCUUCUUCAAAGUUGCACUUUCAACUUAUAAAAAGGCUCUCUUCCAAUAUUGUAAUGGAUGGUACACAAUAGAAUUAUAAUAUUAAUAAUAAUUUGAAGUAAUUUUUUAUAGUUGACAUCAAUAAUUUUCAUAGUUAUUAUUGAUAAUUAGUAAUGGUACAUAAUCAUAUAAUAGAUAUUACCAUCCUUAGAAUAUUAACAUCAAUGACAUGCUUAUCAGUGAUGUCUAAGUUUUAGCAUUUAAUAAGGUAAUUUAUAGACAAAGAAAUGUCCUGGUUAAUUUCUUAUUUCUUUAGAAAUUCUUAUCAAGCAUACUGGAAAAUAACACCUUUCAUAUAGCUUAUAAUUAAGAUAAAACAUCACAAUGUUUAUAUAUUUCAUCAACUUAUACUCAUAGCUUAUACUCAAAGCUUUAGUCUAAGAAUCUUUUAUUAAGAUAUUAUAUCAUAUUAAAUUGUACCAUAAACGGUAGAUGUUUGCUAUUAGGACUAUAAAAUAAAUGGCAAUCAGUUGGAUUUAUCGCGUAAAUGCUUACACCAUAAGCCAGAAGGAUCUUUGAGAUUAGGAUCAUGUAUUAAAUCUUUUAUUCACAGAAUAUAGUUCCACUUAUAUAAUAUGUGGUUGGAUGCUAGAAUAAUAAUAUAGAUAAGUCCAUACCAAGCAGAUUACACCUAAUUGAAAAUACACAGUCUUAAAAGGUUACACCAUCAAAGCUAAGACAGAAAGGGGGCGUGAUGAUAUUACGAGCCAUAUAAGGGGGCAUGAUGAUAUUACGAGCCAUAUAAGGGGGCAUGAUGAUAUUACGAGCCAUAUAAUUAAAUGUUUCAGUGUCAAAAGUUGCCUGCACUGAAUAGAAUGACCUCUGCGAGUAAUGCUAUAAUGUAAAAUGUUAGCAAAUAUUGUUUGAAUGUCUGAGUACUAAGAUUCUCUUUAGUGUUAUAAGCUUCGAUGGUAUAACAGUUUUGCGACCUGACAAAGUUAAUUCAGUUAGGUGUAUCAUGAUAGCUUUGUAUAGAUUGGAUUUCUUGUGACUGUGUAAACAACACUACAGUUUUGUGUCGCGUACCAUGCCAUGAUGUGUUGUUGUAUCGAUAUCCAUGUCAUACUAAAUCCUCUCUAUGUACUCAGCCAAUGAGAGAUAAAAUGGCUUAAUUCAUAAAAUAUAAAUACUCCAUAUGCUCAUCAAUUUUAUAGUUACUAGAGCCAURCUUUUCCAAGAUAAAAAGUUAGUGCAUCCCAUUUAGCAGCAAGGGGGGUGGGGGUUGUUACUUACUUAGUAGGAGUAGGACAGACCUCUAUCUGACAAUUUUGGAGGGCGCAUGGAAAUUUAAUGAUUUAGUAACAAAUUGGGUCAAGAAGUUUUUUCAAUACAAAAAAUGUUCUUAAAAAGUACAUUGUAGUAUGAAUAUGUACCCUUAAGCCAAUUUAAGUAGARCUUAGUAAUGAUGCAGGCAGGACAUUUUCAGCCAUUGGGGGUUUAACCAACUCCCAGCUUAYAUACCCUGGUUGAGUUUGCAAUGUAAUUAGUAUGAAUUAUGAUUAUAGUUGAGGGUUUGAAAAAUACGUAUCUAUUGUGGUGUAUGACCAACACGUCAGAUACUCUUGAAGAUGGCACUGGGAACUAUGAAAGAGAGUAUUAUUCCAUGUUUAAGACAAAGUAAAAUAGAAUUAGGAAAUUAGUUUGAUAAUUACACACACUCAGCCUAUCAAAAUAUAAUUACAGUACAUUAAUAUGCAACGAUAAACACAUGGUGACAGAUCAAUAUAAAGUAACAGGGUUUGUUGAUAUGGCUUUGGUGUUUACUAAAAAGAAUACAUAAUAUUUUGGUAUAAACUAUGUGGAAGAUAAAUAAAUGUAGACAAAUUUAAAA